AUUCGUGGUCACCCUGGAGUCCACCGGAAGGAACCAGGCAGGCAGGUGUAACGUGUGUAAAAUAGUUAAAUUAAUGCAUAAAUGGGGACAGCGCCAUCUGUCUGUUGCGUGAUGGCAUUUAGCAUGUGAAAUAGGGACCGCCCACAGCAGAGAUAAUGAGACUAUGCUGUGGGUAAGUCGCACGUUUUCAGCAUCUGGAGAACUAAAUGUUAUAUUGAUUAAAAACACAUAACUAACUGCUUUAUUGCUGAUUUAUUCUGCAAUUAACUAUUUGUGGAACUGUUGAUAUGUGUUUGGCGUCGAAUGUGGUGUUUUAUAUUGAGUUAUUUUAGUUUGUGUUACGAGGCCUAAUCAUAAUCAAUUGUGCAUUGUCUUUGUUUUAUGUAGAAGUUUUCUUUUAAUUCUCCAUGUGGGUUCCCUUAUUUCCUGUUCUCCAUUGUGCAGGUAUUUCCAUUGAACCUAUGGUGUAAAACAUAUUUUGACACAGAUGACACAGAUCAAAUAUAAACUGUGACUCAGUAUAAGCAGAGAUGGAGUCAAGGCAUCUUAAAGAUGAUUUCCUCAGAUUUCUGAAAACACUGGGACUUAAAGAGUAUUACCCAAACAAGCUGACUCUGAGGUCUUUGCUGGAGAUCAACAGUGCCAGUGUAUCUGAUGAAGAGGUGCAAACACUGCAAGCAAUACCAUGGACUUUCCUUCACAAAUUACUGACUGUUAAUUCAAAUUCAAGAUGUUUAAAAUGUUUACCUGGGGAAAGUAUUGAACCAGAUGAUUUGUUUGAAGAGCAGGUCUGUGAUGCUACUCCAAAUCUUCUAGAUCUCCACACUGCCCUCUUCGCUUGUGCUGACAGUUUCCUUCAGCAAGAAAUGGCACUUAAAAUGUCAAUGUGCCAGUUUGCUGUUCCAUUGGUGUUACCUCAAGGAGUACAUGAUAAAUGCACUCUUAUGUUAUGGGCCCUUAGAGAUAUCCUGAAAGAAUGGCGUCCACACUCAAUGUCAGAUUCUAAAGGGUUUGUUGAAGACAGUGUUGUUUAUGCAAAAAUUCCAUUGAUAUCAUUUGUGAGGCUUAGCAACUGCAGUUUGUCCAAGUCACAGGUUUUAAACCAAAUGCUCAACAAUUCACAGCAGCAUCAUGAUUUUUUUUCUCAUCGAGAAAUGAUCGGAGGAUCUGCUCCCAGGAUAAUUGCUAAUGGAAUGGUUGAAAUAUGCUGGAGUCUGCCAUGUGGAAACAAUAGCAUUGAUGUCUUUCCUGAGCCAGUGGCUAUUGCUAAUUUAAGAGGAGAUGUUUGCACUUUUGAAACCCAAUUCAGUUUUCUUACUCAGGUGUCAACAGCUGUUUUUGUGUUCCUAGACAGUGUUGAUGAUAAUGAACAAAGACUGUUUGCCUCUUUACAAGAAAUUAAGUCCAAAAUCUUUCUUGUCAUCAACUCUCAAACAAAUAUGAGCCAAAAUACAAAGUCAUUAAUUAAAGCAGCAGUUGAAUCUCUGCAACUGGAAAGAAACCACAUCAUUCGGAAAAGCCAAAACAUGAAUGUGGCUACUUUCUCAGCUACUUCCAUCAGUCCUUCCAUUAAAAAAGUGCUAAGCGGCAAUCACAUAUCAUAUGAAAUUGAGGCUAUGAAGGGAAUUGCUCAAGAAUUAGGUCUUGGCAUUGAUGAAAGUGAAAACAGAGCCUGUGCAUCAGCAGAACAAACAGCAGAGGAAAUUAUAAAAUGUAUUGGAGUUCGUCAAGCAGUGGAUUUUAAAAAGACACGGCUGCCACUGCAAGGUGAAAACUGGAAAAGAUUGGCUCAGAUAGAAAAAGAGCAAUGCAGAUUACAAAAUUCAGCAGAACGAAAUUUAGAGGAGUAUAAAGCUCAACUUCAAAAGGAAAAAGAUGAAAUUCGAAACAAACAAGCCCAGUAUAAAAUGACAAAACCAAUGGACAUCUUAAUAAAAGCGUUGUGGACCCCUAAUGACACUGAGCGUGCCUUUUUUCUCAAAUGGCUGGGACUAAAACUGGACAUGCGGUCACGCAAACAGAUGUCAGACCUACGGAACAAGUAUACAUGGUGUGAGCAACAGAAAGACAGAGAUGGUAUAGCUCGAAUAGACCAGGAACUUCUUGAGUGUUCUCUUGGCAUGGAGCACUUUAUUCGAGAAAUGGGACAAAUUUAUGAGGCUGCUUCAUUUCAUUCAUAUGAAAUGCCUAACAUUUACAGUCUCCCUACUUUGGUGGCCAAAAUGCUUCUAGCUGGGUUUCCUCUUGAAUUACUUGAUGGAGAUGCUUCAAAUAUUCCAGAGAAAUGGGUGAGCGAUGUUCUUAUGGAGCUUCACAAGAUGGUUGGACAGAAGAGCCGUUUGCUGGUUCUGACUGUGUUAGGGGUUCAGAGUACUGGUAAAUCAACAUUGCUCAACACCAUGUUUGGAGUUCAGUUCGCAGUGAGCAGUGGACGAUGCACACGUGGAGCAUUUAUGAUUUUCCUUCCUGUGGGUAAUGACUUGAAAGAGGAGUUGCUGUGUGACUUUGUCCUUCUGAUUGAUACAGAGGGUUUGAAAUCACCAGCACUGGCACAACUGGAAGACAGUUAUGAGCAUGACAAUGAACUGGCCACAUUUGUGAUUGGUCUCAGUGAUGUAACCAUCAUCAAUAUAGCUAUGGAGAAUUCCACAGAGAUGAAAGAUGUCUUGCAGAUUGCAGUUCAUGCAUUUUUACGGAUGAAGGAAAUUGGUAAAAAAGCAGUCUGCCAUUUUGUCCACCAAAAUGUUGGUGGUGUAUCAGCAUAUGACAAAAACAUGACAGACCGAAAAAAGCUCCUUGAGCAAUUAAAUGAGAUGACAUUGAUCGCAGCUGAGAUGGAAAAGCAGCCUAAUGUGAAGAAAUUCACAGAUGUCUUGGAUUAUGACAUGGAAAAGAAUAAUUGGUAUAUACCAGGUCUAUGGCAUGGCACACCACCAAUGGCACCAGUUAAUACAGGCUACAGUGUGGCUGUUCUUGAUUUUAAGAAAAAACUCAUAGAGAGGCUUAAAGAAAGAAUGGAUGAAGAACCUUUCCAAAUCCCAGAGUUUUUGAAAUGGAUGAGUAGUUUGUGGAGGGCAGUGAAGUUUGAGAACUUCAUCUUUAGUUUCAGAAACACUCUUGUGGCCCACGCCUAUGACAAUCUUUGCAAAGAGUUUUCAGACUGGGAGUGGGCUUUCAGGAGACAUAUACUCUCUUUGCUUCAAACUGCAGAAGUUCAAAUAUCAAAUGCUAAAACCAGUUCUAUUCAUGAGGUUGUUGAACCAUUUAAGGAAAAGUCUGAUAAAGAGAUCAUGCUUCAGACAAAAGCAAUGAAUGAGAAAUUGAAGGACUACUACAAAAGAAAAGAUCGUAAUGUUCAUUUGGUGGAAAAGUACAAAGGUGAUUUUGCAAAAAGCAUUAAAUCUCUGGAGAGUGGAAUUAAGGAUGAAGUGAAAAAAAGAUUAGCUGAAGCACUUGAGAUGAGAAAAAACAAAGAGAAGGUAGAAGAGAUACACAGUAAACAAACUGCAAUGAUUGAACGGCAAGUUCUGCAAUUGCUUCAGAGUUGCAAGCAUCUUAAAGAGUUAUCUGAUGAGGAUCUGAAAACUGAGUUUGAAAAAAUGUGGAGAAAUGAAGUAGCAAACAUUACUGGUCUAAAAGAAAGGGACAUUUCUGCUGAUGUUUUAAAGCAGUUGCGUGCAAGUUUAGGAAAUCGACAAGUCAUUGAGGAUUUGCAGAACGUAAAAGAUUUGCCACAAUGUGGGCAAAAAGAUUUCAAGUCCAAAAACAAACAUGUAAACAUGGGAAAAGGCUUUGAUAUGGUAAAAGGUUUCUUUAAGUUGAAUAAUGCAAAACAUGCUCUAGAUGUUAUUGCAGCCAACAUCAUUACCAGUUGUAGUAUGAUGAUUGAUCAGUUUACACAAUCCAAAAGUGACUACCACGAAACAUUUACAAAAGAUGUGCUUGAUAAAAUUGAUGAACACCUCAAAAAAGAAGGCUCCAAAUACAAUACCAAGUUUGAAUUUGACCUUAAAGUGCACAUUUGUGGCAUUGCCUCUCGGAAAUUCACAGAUAUGCACAGGAAGUAUCUUGCUGAUCAAGAUCCAGCAAAACAUCUACAGAAAUGUAAGAGUCAGUAUCUCUCUGAUUUCACUGAUUUGUACAGAGAGAAGGACCAAUGCCAAAGAAAAGCACGAGACUUCACUCAGCUCUGUCUUAAACCAGCUGUGACAGAGUACAUUGACCAGUCCAUUGGAUCUGACAUUGUUGAUGCAGUUCUGGAGAACAAAAUUACUGAGUAUAAUUCCCGAAUGCUAUUUCAGUACACCAUCCAGAAAGAUCUGCUGGAAAAGUCAACCUUUAAUGACUAUCUAGAAUACAUUUUGCAUUAUGAGAAUUAUGUCAAAGACUGGAUAUACAAUCACAUCAUUAAAUGUUUUCCAAAAGACAUAUCUCUGCAAAAGUUAAAAGAGAAGAAGAUGCACAGCAUAAUUACAAGGCUCACUAAAGCAGUGGAAACAUCUAAGCUUGAAGCCAAUGGCUCUCCUUUGCCCAAUAAUGCAGAAGGUACAACAAUUUUCAUCCGGAAUCUUUGCAAAGCUAUGAGUGAUGUCCUCAUAUCCAUGAACACUGUGGAAAGAGUCUUGUUUCAAAACACAAGCUGCUGUGAUCCGUUUACCAAAAGUCUCUAUGAAUGUAUUACUGACCUAAAACAGAAAAUAGCAAAGGAGAUCUCAGAGUCAACUGAUAUCACUGAGACUCUAAAAAAUGUGUCAAUAAAACCCCAAAAUGAGCUUUUCAAGAGAGUGUUUGGGUGUGGAGCACAAUGCCCCUUUUGCAAAACUCCAUGUGAGGCAGGAGGAAAGGAACAUCAACUACAUCAUGCAUCUGUCCAUAGACCACAAGGACUCUCUACCUACAGGGAUUGUGAGACUAAUGUCCUAUUUGAAGAGAUUUGUACAUCUAGUGUACAUGGCAAUGGGACAUUUGAAAAUCAUGAAACAAAUUUCCAGCCUCAUCCAUAUAAAGACUACCGGAAAUACUACCCUUACUGGCAUAUUGCACCCGACAUGUCUAUAGAGAGCUCAGAUUACUGGAAGUAUGUGCUGGUGACAUUCAAUAAGCAAUUUGCUGAGAGGUAUGAUGCAGAGCCAGCUAAUUAUCCAGGUGCAUGGAAUAGAAUAACUAAAGACAUGGCUCUUAUUAGUCUGAAAAAUACUUUCAACAUUACAUGAGACAAAAAUGUGAGACAAAUUUGCUGGUUCAUUUGCUAUUUCACAUACAUCAAGUUUACACAGGAAAUUUACAACUUCCUGAAAUUUUGUUAUUUUUGUUAGUUUUCUGUAUUAAUACUAUAUUGUUCUAUAACACAAGGUAGAACAUUACUACUUAAAUAUACAAUUAACUUUUUUCCAUUACAGGCAAAAAAUGAAAUUGAUUUUAUUUGUGAUUUCACAGGAAAAUAUGAUUGGCAGUCAAAACAUAAAGAACCAUCUUGUUCAUUCUUUAUCACCACAUUAUCUGUGUAAAGCUGCUUUGAGACAAUGUUAAUUGUUAAAAGCGCUAUACACAUAAAUAUAAAUUGAAUUUGAAAAACAGUCCUCACAACUCGUAAAUAAUACAAAUACUGGAUACAUUAAAAUGGAUACCCUAAGUGUUAAUGACUAUGAUAAUUUAUGUGUGAAAGCUUGAUACCCUGUAAUGGUUAAUAAAAAUAAGAUAUGCCCUUAAUAGAAUAUCCAGACACCCAGGCAUUACAAUAAUUCAACCUACAGGUAAAGAAAAGCAUGAAAUAGUGUUUAUGUAUCGUGUAAGCACAAUAUAUUUCUUAUCUUGGUGAUAUUUAAAUCUAUAUAUUUCAAUGUCCUAUAAUAUUAUCUAUAUAAGCAGAGUAGACUGGAGUCAAUAAUCACACCAAUUUCUUAUACUGCAGCACAUCAUAAAACAGAAAGACCACCCAGAAAACUUGCUUUCAGCUGCAAGCAGUCCUAAUGAAAGUACUUAGAAUUAGAAUUUUACCAAGAGUGAUGACUAAUAUAGACACUUCAUUAAACAUGUCUCAGAUGAAAAUUUUAAAUGCCAGGCUUCCCAUGGAUAAUGUGUUGCUAUAACAGCACUACCCAUUAACAUUGUAUUACUUACAAUUACUUACACCACACAUUCAAACAUUUACCUUUGUUUGAUAUAACAGGCCUCACACUUUCUUGAACAUAUCAGUUGGUAGACUGGCUACUGCACAUUUAAAUGUAGAUCUUGAGUGUUCAUAAAUAUGUAAAUUGAUGAGUGAGAGCUUGGUGCCCUGCAAUUGUUAACAAACAAACAAAUAGAAUAAAAAAUCUUUCAACCACUG